CAUAUCAUUGUCUGCCCCAUUAUAUUUUCCCUUUUAUUUUUAUUUUUCUCCACCCGAAGGAUUUUAAUUUUGAAAUUGCAUCCUUUUAGAUUAGAUCUCUUAAAAGUAAGCACAGAAUCUCGAAUCUAAAUCUCAUUCUCCUCAUAUCAUAUGUCACCACUCAUUUCUCUUUUCAAUGCCACUUGGUUGCAAUGUUGGAAUAAUCACGCGCCUCCAUUCUCCUUCGCUGUCAUUUAGGUACUUCAUCUUCUUCCAUUCUUCAUUCCUAACUUGCUAUCAAACAUUGCUACCUCCAAUCUUUAACUCCCAAGAGUUUGAACCUAGCCACUCUUUGGUGACCUCAUUGAAGCAUUUAGCUUGAUAUACAUUGCUUUCUAGUUAGAAUGGAACUUCAUGUUUUCCUUUUGCAGUGUCUUUUUAUUCUUAUAUUUGGUACUAUAAGUCUAUAACAUGUUGGUUACCUAAAUACAUUGGUGAAUAUGCACUUGUUAGUUGUUAGUUUAUGACAAGUUUGGAGUUAAAGUUACUCAACAUUGAUUUGGAGUUAUAUGUGAAUGGCAUGGCAUCUAUUAGAAAAACAUUGUCUCCGGUUUCUCGGGCCAGAAGUGUAACAAAUCUAGAAGUCUGUUCAGUAACUUCCCCUUUGUCUAAAUCCUCAUCAAGUCCUCAGAAUUCUCUGCUAUCGGAAGGACUGUUACCUUCUUCGGUCACCUCGUUGGACUCGCGUGCUCUUUUGCUUGGUGUUUUCUCACCAAGAUCUUUGACGGCUAUUGAGAGAUCAAAUUCAAAGCACAAGGGACAGGUUUGGAGGAAAGUGCUUUUCCAUUUUUUCAUAUGUUUCAUGGUUGGUGUUUCUAUUGGACUCAUCCCGCUCGCAUCAACCAACUUGUCGUUGAAUCUCAUGGCAAACCAUCAAGGUUUUUCUUUUGAGGUAAUAUCCGAAGUCGAAAAUUUGAAGAUAAAUAAGACACCAUUAGUUGAUGAGGAUGUGAAGUUUGAUGCUACUUUGAUUUCACCAUUGCAAGAACAAGAACUAACAAAUGGUGUAGCAUAUAAUAUCUCAGAUAGCGAGUUCACUGACGAAACAUAUUUGGAGUCUCGAACGCUUCUCAUUGUUAUCACGCCGACUUUCAAUCGUCCAUUUCAAGCUUAUUACUUGCAUCGUUUGUCACAAACUUUGAAAUUGGUUCAACCUCCUUUGUUGUGGAUUGUUGUUGAGAUGAAUUCUCAAUCUGAAGAAACUUCUGACAUCUUGAGGAGUAGCGGGAUCAUGUAUAGGCAUCUUGUCUGCAAAAUGAAUGUAACCAACACAAACCAUAAAAGCAUUCUUAUGAGAAAUGUCGCGAUAGCUCACGUUGAAACUCACCGUCUCGAUGGAAUUGUCUAUUUUGCAGACGAUGAUAACGUCUACUCAAUUGAACUCUUUCAGCAAAUGAGAGAAAUAAGGCGAUUUGGAACAUGGACUGUUGCAAAACUAUCAGAGGAUAGAAGUGGCAUUGUCUUUCAAGGGCCAAUUUGUAAUGGAAGUGAAGUGAUUGGGUGGCACACAGAUAAUGAAUCAGAUAGGAAAUCUAAAAGAUUUCAUGCUGAAAUAUCCGGUUUUGCCUUCAACAGUACGAUACUAUGGGAACGAAAACCGCUUCUUGAACGUAUCAGGAAGUUCGAAUCAGCCAAGGAGAAUCUGUGGGUUAGCAUGUUGAUUGAGCAGGUUGUUGAAGAUGAAAGUCAAAUGGAAGGCCUAAUGAGCGACUGCUCGAGAGUUAUGGUUUGGCGUAUCGAUCACAAGUCAUCUCAUUCCUUCUAUCCUCGCAAAUGGAUUGCAGAAAACAACCUAGAUGUCAUUUGGAAUCAUCCACUUGUGUGAAGAUUUUGAUCAAGAAAUGGUCAGCACAGUAUUUUCCACCCUGUUGUAAGUGAAAACUCGAGUUUCUAAACUAAUACUUUUAAAGUAGAUUAAUGUGAUUCAUUUUAUGUGUCGAGUUUUACUGUGUAGAUGUUUAAAACAAUGUCAGAUUUCCAGUAUGUUUGUUGAAGUUAAUUUAAGGCCGAAUGCCAGAAAAUACAUGCCACAUAUUUUUGCAAUUUGUGGCUGAACCUACAUUCUUACAAGUCGUUUUUUAAGGAUAGGUUAAACUCGGUAUAAGAACCGAAUACAUGAUUCAAUUCAAGAUACUUUGCUAUAUAUACUUGAAUCAUCUCUAUGUUCUGAAAUCAAGACUCAUCAUGCUAGUGUCUGUUUAUCUUCAUUCAUCUUCGGCUACUCGGAUUCGGAUAUCCCAUUGUCCAUGACAGUCCACCGAUCAAUACUGCAUUUUGGAUUCAUGUACCGAUGUAAGAAUUAGAUCAAACCUCUGACCACUUGUUUAAGUUGCCCAAAUCACUUAAUCCUUACUACCUAGACGAACCACAUGUUGGUGUGUACUGAUUUGUAGUUUUUUCAUUUGAAACUUUAUGUAAUAUAUAUAUAAAACUUUGACUUUCACAUUCUUAAAUUUGUACCAAUUACUGUAUUACAA